CGUGUUCUCACGGAUAAAGAAAUUGAGCAUGCGGUCAAGUUGGUUCCGCUACACGCACGCCAGACCAUGCGAACUUUGGCAGCGCAGUCCAGCGUCAAGAAGACGACCAUCAUCCGCCACAUGCAACGAGCCAAGACGUUGAUGAGCAAGACAAGCCACUCCAAGCCGUACCUGACCGACGCCAAUGCACUUGGACGGGUGCAGCAUGCUCUGUCCUUCAUCAAGCCGACGUCAAAAGGAACCAUUUUUGACAGCAUGCACGCACAUGUGCAUGUUGACGAGAUAUGGUUCUUUUUGACAACUGUCAAGAAGCGUUAUUAUGCCUACGAAGACGAAGACCUGCCGACGCGCCAGUUGAAGUCCAAAAGAUACAUCACGAAAGUGAUGUUUCUUGCCGCCGUUGCAAGACCAAGAUACGACUACCACAACAAAUGCAUCUUUGACGGGAAGAUCGGAGUGUGGCCGUUUGUCGAGAAUGUGCUGGCCAAGCGAAACAGUCGUAAUCGGCCAAAAGGUACUCCACUUUUGGUACCUCAAACGGUAACUGCCGAAGUUUACCUCAAGAUGAUCUCGAAAUCGUCGUGCCGGCGAUUCAGGCAAAAAUGCCUCGACAAGAUCAGAGUAAAAUAA